AUGGAUUCAAUUAACUUUGUCCAGUCUUGUCGUCUAGGUCGUCGACCUGUAAGUGGUAUACCCAAGUAUGUGAUUGGGAGACAAUCUCUAUUGCAAUUAAGUAUUCUAGCUGAGGAAAAGUGUGCUAAUCGACUGCGGCUUGUUCUCCCUCUUUUGAUUGGUCGUGAGCAAGCCGGGUUUGUGUCGGAUCGGUGCUCCUUUGAUAAUAUUAUUGCGGUCCAAGAGAUAGUGCAUUCGUUGGAAACUGAUACCAAUAAUCCUCCAAGGAUGUUAAUCAAACUCGAUAUUGAGAAGGCAUAUGACACGGUAAACUGGAGUGCAAUUCUUGCUGUUUUGACCAGAAUGAACUUCCCUCCCCUCUGGAUAUCCUGGAUUUCCACUUGCCUCCGGUCUUCCUCUUUUUCAGUUUUAGUCCAUGGUAACCCUUCCCCCUGGUUUUCUUCAUCUCGUGGGGUUCGCCAGGGUGAUCCCAUUUCCUCUUAUUUGUUCAUCUUGGUUUCUCAAAUUCUCUCUAACCUUCUUAAUUUAGGUCUCUCUAAUAGCAAGAUCCCUGGUUUUAAUCCGAGUUUAGCACACAAUUUCAAUCAUCUCAUGUUUACGGAUGACCUUAUUCUUAUCACUCGUGCUUCUAGAUCCACGGCUCGCAAUAUCAUUCUCUGCUUGAAUCUUUACUCUAGCAUAUCAGGGCAGUUUCCUAACCACUCUAAAUCUCAAAUCUUUUUCCCAACUUGGUGUAACAAGCACAUUUCCAAGCGCAUCAGCUCCAUUUUAAAUAUUACUUCAGCCUCCUUUCCUUUCAUCUAUCUUGGGAUCUUAAUUUCUCCUAAUAGAAUUGCUGCUUCAGCUUUUAAUAACAUGGUUGAUCGGAUUCGUCGUACCUGUAAUAGCUGGAGUCGAUUUCAUCUUUCGCCAGCCGCCAAAACCAUUCUUAUCAAUACUUCUCUCCUCGCUGUGCCCAUUUAUACUCUAUCUGUUUAUCCUAUCCCAGAUUCCAUUCUUAAUGAGAUAUCCAGAGCUGUUCGGAAAUUCUUCUGGAGUCGGGACAGCAAUGGAAAGGGCAUCCAUAAUGUCAGUUGGAGUACAAUUAAUGAUGGUAAACCUGAGGGGGGUAUUGGUAUUAGAAACUUAUCUCUUGCUAAAUAUUCUCUCAAGGCUAAGCAUGUUUUCAAACUUUUAAAUAAUGAUAGUGCCAUUUGGGUUGAUAUUAUGCGGCUUAAAUAUGGGCAUUCCAAUUUCUGGAUGAACUCAGCUCCUGCUAGGUGUUCUUGGUUUUAUCGGAGCUUGUUUAAUGUCGCUAAUCGGAUUAAACCUUUUUGCCGAAUCGGUUCUGUUAAUCCUAUUAACACCUCCUUUGCUUGGGACCCUUGGUGUUUUGAUCUCCCCAUUGCUCGUAAACCAACAUUUAUCAAUAUGAAUGUGGAUUUGGAUAACCUUUCAGUUUCUAACUUUAUUACUGGUAAUGGCUGGGAUAUUGCUCAUCUUUGCUCCAUCUUUGGUUCUAAUUUUAACAUGCAAGUUCUGCUCUCAAAUUCCAUUGACUAUGAUUCUGGUAAUCAGUGGAUUUGGAGUCCCUCAUCCAAACAGACCACAAUAUCCUCUUCUGUCUAUCAUCACUUGAAUCACAAUUUUUCUUUGACUGAUGUGUGGAUGGGUUGGCGAUUGUUAUGGAAUCUUUCUAUUGCUCCUCGUGUGAAACAUUUCUUGUGGACUUUAUUUCAUGGCAGGUUAUCUACUUACAAUUUCCUUUAUCUUCGGAAGCUGAGGCCUAACAGUUCUUGUCCUCUUUGUACUCUGUUUCCCGAGACCAUCGAUCACCUUUUCAGCUCCUGCUCAAAGGCUCAAUUAAUCUGGUCCUAUCUUAGCUUGAGACUUGGCAUGUCCAUUCAUUUUCCCAAUGGCUUUGCCUUUGGUUCUUGGUUAACUGAUGGUUUUUACUCUAAUCACACUGUCUCUGUUAUUGCUGCCACCGCUUGGUUUUUAUGGAAAUCCCGUUGCGAUAUCAUUUUCCGCAAUGCCAAUUUGAACCCUCCCACCUUGGUAUGCAAAGCUAUUUCUCAUGUGCAGGAUCAUUUUGAAUGCAGGAAGAAUCUCCUGGGCUCUAGAUUAAUUUUGAACAACUUUACUCUUGAUGAUGAGCUCUUCCUCUUUGUUUAUGCCAGCACCAACCUGUGCUCAAUGGUGAGUUUUGUUGGAUUCUUUGUUUCCAAUGCUCAGUUUAUUGUCUCUCUUGCAGGUUGCUUCUCUCAAGUUCUUGAUGACAAUACACCGGUUUCUCUCCUCGCGCUUCGAGUGGCAUUGCAAGUGAUGCUGGAUUCCCGUCUCCCCGUCAAAAACAUCUUUGUUGAUGAUUCUGCACCCAUUGCUGUCAUUUCUAAUCCCGAUCCGGUUAUUACUUGGCGCUUUCGUCCUCUGAUUGAUUUAAUCAAGUCCCUCCUCAAUUUUCUUGGUUCUCCGGUCAUCCACAUCAUCCCUGAUUCUUGGAUGAUGCCUGCUGCUUCUCUUGCCACACUCGGUUUCAACGAUCCAGCCCUCAACCUCUUCUUGUUUGGAAGAGAUUUGCCACAUUGGUUAAUGAGAUGUUUUCAUGAUUCAGGAUUUAUCUUUUAA